AUGGCAACUUUGUCUGUGGCAAUCAACUCCAACGUUAUGCUGUGUUCAAAAUCUGAUGUAGCAUCGAUGUCGUCCAGCCUUGAACGUCCAUUUAAACUACUGGUCAAAGGCAGAACAUUUGUUUUGGAUCCUCAAAAUUUAUCUAAAUUAUCACCGAUAUUUGCAAUUGUCCUAUUUGGUAAAGAUUACGAUAAAGACAGAGAAGUCAUUCGAGAAAUUGUUGAUGAAAAAACCAAAAAUUUCCCAACAAUACUUCGUCUUGCCAACAAGUAUCAGGUUGACUCGUUGACGGAUGCAUGUGGGCAGUUUAUUACAGACAGAUGUGAUUUAAAUCGCUUAAAACCGGAUCAAGUGUUGACGUUGUUGAUAGCUGCACAUGAAUUUCAUCUGAAACGCGAAGUUAUGGUUAAAUUAAUCUUAAGAUUAGCAUCUGAAGAGAAGACUACAUUCAAUCGGUUAAAACUUAGUCGACUCUUACCAUCACAGAUGUAUGGUGCUGUUAUUGGAACAAACAUCAAUUUAACACAGUUGAAAGAAAUUGAAACUAUGAACAAUCAUCUGUUCAAAAUGGAACGUAAUAAAACUCAGUACAGGCGGUCAACUUGUGAUUUGUGUAAAAAAAUUACUGAUGCAGCGUAUUGCGAAGGAUGUAGGCAGUAUCUCUGCCAAACACAUUGGAAAUUAAUAAAGUGCCCAAGCGAUUACGGGAAUCGUCUACUGGAAGAACUGAGGUCUAAUGUUGUAGAGCUUGAAUGGGAUUAA